AAAGUAAGGUUUUCGAUGGCAAUGGCAUACGAAAACCCUCCUUCGGUUCCAAUCUCUGAUCCUGAAGCACAGGAAAUCACUCCAACGCCUGCUGCUUCCACCGGCGCACCAGCCAAAGGUUAUUCAGCCAAAGAGGUGGCGAACAAAGUGAAGAACAACUUUGUUUUUCAUUCAAAAUGGGGUGAACUGAACGGUGCCAUGGGUGAUCUUGGUACCUAUAUACCAAUAGUGUUGGCCUUGACCCUUGCUAGGGACCUCAACCUUGGCACCACACUCAUCUUCACAGGUGUCUACAACAUCAUCACCGGAGCCAUCUAUGGCGUCCCCAUGCCAGUCCAGCCCAUGAAAUCCAUUGCUGCUCAGGCCUUGUCGGACCAAACGUUCGGCGUGCCGGAGAUCAUGGCUGCCGGUAUAUUGACCGGUGGGGUGCUGUUUGUUCUGGGUGUGACAGGGUUGAUGCGGCUUGUGUACAUGUUCAUUCCUCUGUGUGUUGUGAGGGGAAUUCAGCUGGCACAAGGCUUGUCUUUUGCUCUGACAGCAGUUAAGUAUGUGAGGAAAAUUCAGGACUUGCCAAAGAGUAAAUCUUUGGGUGAUAGACACUGGUUUGGGUUGGAUGGGCUGGUUUUGGCUAUUGUGUGUUUGUGUUUCAUUGUGAUUGUGAAUGGGGCUGGGGAGAAGAAUAGAGGGUGCUGUGAUGGUGUGCAAGGUGAUGAUUUGGGUGGUGGCCAAAAGAGGGAUGAGGUUGCAACAAGAAGCAAGACAAGCAAGGUGAGAAGGGUUAUUUUCUCACUACCUUCUGCUUUCAUGGUGUUUGUGUUGGGGGUUGUUUUGGCCUUUGUGAGAAGGCAUGAGGUUGUGCAUGAGAUAAAGUUUGGACCAUCAUCAAUAGAGGUGGUGAAGUUUUCUAAGCAUGCAUGGAAGAGAGGGUUUGUGAAGGGUGCAAUUCCUCAACUUCCAUUGUCAAUUUUGAACUCUGUGGUGGCUGUUUGUAAGUUGUCAUCAGAUUUGUUCCCAGGGAGGGAUUUCUCAGUGACUUCAUUGUCAGUGACAGUGGGGUUGAUGAACUUGGUAGGAAGUUGGUUUGGUGCAAUGCCAAGUUGCCAUGGUGCUGGUGGACUUGCUGGGCAGUACAAGUUUGGUGGUAGGAGUGGUGCUUGUGUGGCACUUCUUGGUGUUGCAAAACUGGCCUUGGGGUUGGUGUUGGGAAGCUCUUUGGCACACAUUUUAAGGCAAUUUCCAGUGGGAAUAUUAGGGGUCUUGCUACUGUUUGCUGGAAUAGAACUAGCCAUGUGUUGUAGGGACAUGAACACAAAGGAAGAUUCCUUUGUGAUGCUUAUUUGCACUGCAGUUUCACUUGUGGGAUCAAGUGCAGCUCUUGGCUUUUUGUGUGGAAUGAUUAUUUAUGUCCUUCUUAGGUUGAGGAAUUGGUCAAGAGACAAACCACUUUCUGCUAUUUGGAUGCAGAAAAGUCCCCAGCAAGUCUGAACAAAAUCACUAUUUCUUACUUGCUUAAUCAGUGCUUUUAAUUUCUCUGUAAUUAAUGACAGUAAAUUUGUAUAUGGCCUGUUAUUUGAAAGUUUUUUCUGCACUAAGUUUGUUUUAAUUUGCUGGUUUGGUUUGUAAAGGUCUAAAGACAUUAUUAUUAUGGUAGUUGUAGUUGAAAAGAGAGUGAAACAUAGUUGGUAGGAACUUCAGUUGUUGGUUUUUGGUUUUUUGUAUGUAAUUUUGAGUGAAUUGCUGUCAAGAAAUUGGGUUUAUUUAUGUAAUAAAUGAUGUAAUUGGAAAACAUUAACAGUGUAGACUUUUACACUGUUAUCCAAUUAUGAAUUGUGUGAAAAUAUUGAUAA